UACUAAACCUAUACCUACCUAGCUUGUGUGUAAGUGCAAUCCGCCAAAAUAUAAAAUAUUUGCAAUUAGAUUUAGGCAUAGCUAUUUGUUUGCCCAUGCAAGUAUGGCAUGAAAAUUGAAACAAUGUAGGCAGUAAUAUAUAACAUAAUUGUGAACUACAAGUACAAGCUUUGUUGUUUAAAUAUAACCUCAACAUGAGUUCCAUACAAGAGCGUCUCCAAUUAAAACGGGUGCCUCUGGACACUUGGAACAUACGGGAGCAGCUGUGUCUUGCCUCGGCGGUAGUCAGGAGUGGGGAUCAGAAUUGGAUGUCGGUGUCCAGAUCCUUGAAAACGAUAGGAGAACCGAACAGACCAGUAGACUGGUAUUCGCAAAAAAGCUGUGCGGCCCAGUAUGGCGCCCUGUUGGAACAUGUGGAGACUCCUAAGCGCAAAAAACGGAGCUCAGAAGGCGCUGUGGAGACGCCACAAGAGAGCAUCCUGAAGCGGUUGACACAGGAGCGGAUUGUGGAGAUACAGAAGAAUCUAGCUGAGAUGAACCAGCAGUACGAGCAAUUGACUAACAUCAUAAGCGAAGCUCAAAAUCCGGUGACAAGCGAAGACCGCUUGCAAGAGAUAUGGUCUUCGAUUGAAGCUUCCAAACGGGCGCGAGAAAGAGAGACAGCUCGCCGGGCUGCCUGGCUGAAAGAGAGGGAAGAACGCCGCGCCAGGGCUGAGCGCACGUGGCGCCCUCCGCAGACUCCACAAACUGCGACCCCAGCGCCGCCCGCGUCGCCAUUACUGACGUCACUGCUCAAGUCCUCCCCUGUGGUCACCACACCACAACACAUAUCGCACCCCGCCAACUCUAUUGCGUCACCCCAUCACAUCAUCGACCAUAAACAACAAUUCACAGAGACGAUAUCGCCAUCAGCGACCGCGCCGACGUUGUCGAUGCUCCUGGAGAAGAACGCGCCGUCGGGCGCGGCGCAGCACGAGAGCAAACACGCGGCUAUUGAGCAUAUCAAAAGUCAGCUUGUACAGAUAGAACAGCAACUGAAAGCAAGUAGCUCGUCCCCCGCCCCCCUGGCGGCGGCCCCCGCCCCCGCACCCGCCCCCGCCCCCGCCCUCGCCCCCGCUGUGGACAUCGACGACAUAGAGAUAAAGGCUGAAGAUGUUUACGCGUUCAGAGAUAUAGACAUACAUAUACCGCCGGUCGCGACCAUGCAUAAGGGCCCCGUCAGAACGGCAGAAAAACCGACAGUGAGGAAAGACGACGGUGAUAUGGAAGUCGCCACGCGCGCAGCGACGGACGGGGAGGCAGUGGAAGUCAAGGAGGAACCGGUGUCAGCGGAAACGGAAACAGAAGAAGUUCAAGUUGUGGAAGUGGAGACUGAGCAAACCCCCGACGAGGCCCCGGGACAACAGUCCCCGGAGGUCAAAAUAUCAUUCCCAGAGGUCAAGUUCCCCACACCAGAGAUCAAGGUCAUACAGCCUGAUGAGCAGAAGAUAAAGGAGGAGGUCAAAGAACCGGAAGUGCCGCCAACAGUACCGGAAACGACGGAAGAGGAAGUCGUGGAAGAAGAUAUUACUGUAACGGUUGACGACGAGCCGAGCGUGGAAGAACCACUUGAAGAAGUACAAACGGUACAAGAGGUCGAGGUGACCCCUGCCCCGGAGGUCGCCGACCCCGAACCGGAGCCGGAACCGGAAGCGGUCGCUCCGGAAACAAUACCGCUGCCGGAGGAGCCUACACCCGUGGUGAACGAAAAAAUAUCUGAUGCGCCCCUCCCGGAAGAAUCUCCCCCGCCAUUACUCGAGCCAAAAGAGGAGACACAGCCAGAGGUACAAGAAGAACAGAUUGAAGAGGAGAAAGAGAAAGAAAUAGAAGAAAUUAAGAAGGAAGAUGACGACGAUUCCAUGCCUCUGAAGGAGAUGAUAAAAGAAGCGGUCGCGCCGUUACAGACAGACAGUCAGGAGUCACGUGACGUGGAGCAUACGGACCACACGGAGACUGACGACGACACACCCAUGGAGCUGAGUCGUGAAGAGGAGAAAGGCGGGAGAAAGAAGAGGGACUACUCGCGGAAGAAGAAAUCUGAUUCUAGAACCUGUUCAGGGUCGGAGAGCGCGCCGGAGUCGCCGAGCGCGAGCGACGCGGAGCGCCAGCACCGGCUGUGGAGGAAGUCUGUCAUGCUCGUCUACAGCCGGUUAUGCGCACACAAAUACGCAUCGCUAUUCCUGCGACCAAUCAGCGACGAGGAAGCGCCGGGCUAUAGUGUUGUGGUCAAACGACCUAUGGAUCUCACUACUAUUAGGAAAAACAUAGACGCCGGAAUUAUCAGAACAACUGCUCAGUUCCAACGAGACGUGUUACUGAUGCUAUCAAACGCUCUCAUGUAUAACAGCAGUGAACACAGUGUGUACACUAUGGCAAAACAGAUGCAAGAAGAGGCUGCGUGUCAGCUGGGCAUGCUGCUGGCUGCGCAGGCGCACGCGGGGCUCAGCGCGGCGCCGCUCGCGCGCCGGAAGCGGCGCCGCGACUCGCCGCCGCCCGCUGCGCACGCCAAGCGGCUGCAUACCGCUUGAUUAUAUACUUUGUAUGAUUGUACUAAUAUACGAUUACUUUUCUAUAAA